CCGGAGCCUGGAGCUUCCGUGCCGCGAUGCUGGCGGGCCUGAAGUGGCGGCUGGGGCUGCGGCUUUGUCGCCCGGCCGCGACUCUGGCGCGCGCCUACCACGGGGACAGGGUGGCCGCGGUGGGCUCGCAGCCUGACGCCGGCUCCCCGCUCUACCAGGAAAACUAUGAACGAAUGAAAGCACUAGUAACUGAACUCCAAGAGCUAGCAGAAAAAAUCAGAUUAGGGGGUGGAGAAAAGGCACGGAAGCUUCAUACCUCAAGAGGAAAGCUGUUACCCAGAGAGAGAAUUGACAGACUCAUAGAUCCAGGGUCUCCAUUUUUGGAGUUCUCCCAGUUUGCGGGUUACCAGUUGUAUGGUAAUGAAGAGGUACCGGCAGGAGGCAUUAUCACAGGCAUUGGAAGGGUGUCAGGAGUGGAGUGCUUGAUUGUUGCUAAUGAUGCAACUGUCAAAGGUGGUACUUACUAUCCAGUCACGGUGAAGAAACAUUUACGUGCUCAAGAAAUUGCAAUGCAAAAUCAUCUCCCUUGUCUAUAUUUAGUUGACUCAGGAGGAGCAAACUUACCCCGCCAAGCAGAAGUAUUUCCAGAUCGAGAUCACUUUGGUCGCAUUUUUUAUAAUCAAGCACUCAUGUCCUCACAAAGAAUUCCACAGGCUAUGCCUUCUAAUCUAGAGGGACAACUUGGUCCAGCUGAAGCCAUUUCUGUUUGGAUUCUGAGAGAGGCAGAGGGAGACUGGCUGACUGUUCUGAUGCAGAUAGCAGUAGUAAUGGGAUCCUGUACAGCAGGAGGAGCAUAUGUACCUGCAAUGGCUGAUGAAAGUAUAAUAGUUGGCAAGCAGGGAACAAUUUUCUUGGGAGGACCUCCAUUGGUUAAAGCGGCAACUGGUGAGGAGGUAUCAGCGGAGGAUCUUGGAGGUGCUGAUCUUCACUGCCGAAAAUCUGGUGUAACUGAUCACUAUGCUUUGGAUGACAAUCAUGCACUUCAUCUAGCUAGGAAAGUUGUGAGGAGUUUAAAUUACCAAAAGAAAGUAGAUGUGACAGUAGAACCACCAGAAGAACCUUUAUAUCCUGCUGAUGAAUUAUAUGGAAUAGUUGGGGAUCAGCUUAAAAGAAACUUUGAUGUCAAAGAGGUCAUUGCUAGAAUUGUAGAUGGAAGUAAAUUUGAUGAAUUCAAAGCCUUGUACGGGGAUACCUUAAUCACAGGAUUUGCUAGACUAUUUGGUUACCCAGUAGGAAUUAUUGGAAACAAUGGAGUUCUCUUCUCUGAGUCAGCAAAGAAGGGAACUCAUUUUAUUCAAUUAUGUUGCCAAAGAAAUAUUCCCAUUGUGUUUUUGCAGAAUAUCACAGGUUUCAUGGUUGGUAGAGAUUAUGAAGCUGGAGGAAUAGCAAAGGAUGGAGCCAAGAUGGUAACUGCUGUAGCCUGUGCCAGUGUACCUAAAAUAACAGUAAUUAUUGGAGGAUCCUAUGGUGCUGGAAACUAUGGUAUGUGUGGAAGGGCAUAUAGUCCAAGAUUUCUUUAUAUGUGGCCAAACGCUCGCAUCUCAGUGAUGGGAGGAGAACAAGCUGCAACUGUCCUGGCCACAGUAGCUAAGGACCAAAAAGCAAGGGAGGGGAAACAGUUAUCUGAGGCAGAUGAAGCAGCUUUGAAGGAGCCAAUCAUUAGGAGGUUUGAAGAGGAGGGAAACCCUUAUUAUUCCAGUGCAAGAUUAUGGGACGAUGGAAUUAUUGACCCCGCUGAUACAAGACUUGUUUUGGGUCUGAGUCUUAGCGCAGCACUAAAUGCACCCACCAAAAGGACAGAAUUUGGAGUUUUCAGGAUGUGAUCUAAAUGACUUUUCAGAACACCCUUGUACAUUUUUAAUUAAGGUUAAAGAUCAAAUGUACACAGGUAAUUCUGAGGAGUUCAUACAUUUAGAGUUUUAAUAUAACAAUUUUCAUACCAUGCUUAAGUAUAUUUUUUUAAUAUCACCUGAGAUCAAUCCAUACAUCAUUUCUGUAAUACUGAAUCUAGCAAUUGGGUGAAUAAAUUGUAACUAUCAGCAUUAAGCUAGAUCUGUUUGUCAGAGAAUCAUCGCUAUAAUCUCUUAACCAUUAAAAUUACAUCCAUGAAAUGA